CCAUGGAUGACAAAUGGGCUUAGAUUAAGAGCUUCGCCUACUGCAUCGCGUCCCGGCGCCACUUUUCUUUUCAUCUAUUUCUUCCUUCGUAUUAACGAUCUGGCGGCAAAUUGCACAACAAAUUCUCCCGCUCGUUCGUCAAUCACAUCUCCUAUUUCUCAAACAAGUAACAACGGAGGGCUCAUUUCACGAGUUCCCCCUGCCAAAACAAGUAGCAGUCACAGGACGACUGUUCGUUCUGUCUGUCGCUCCGUGCGUUCAUGCUUUCUUCGAGUGCCUUAUCUGGUAAUCUAGGGUUUCUCCAGUGUAAUUGCUAUAAUUGACGUCGUUGUUCACCAAGGAGCCUCUGAACUAAGUAACCAUGCAAAUAGAGAAGGGUGGGGCAUAUUGGGUUCAUAACCUGGGGAUUUUGGAUUCAAUUGGCGAUGAAUCAAUUGACAAGAUUUUGCAGAGCUGGAACGGUUUCUGUGCCAGCACAGAGGUCCUUCUGAAGGAUAAUGGGGACCUUUCGAUUGGGUCGGAGUUUGUUUCUCAUGUGCACAGUCUUUGCAAGUACGGCCUCGACUCUCUUGUCCAGGAUUAUUUUCUUCGGGAGCUAGAGGAAACAUUUGAGAAGAAUGGUGCGUCAAAGUUUUGGCAACAUUUUGCUAGUUAUAGUGACGUGGCAACACCGGAGCUUAAUAAACUCCAUAUUAAUGCGGAUGAGGCCCAGAAAGUGUUAUCUAAGUCACUGGAAGAGAUAUGUUUAGAAAAACAGUAUCAGGAAAAGUGCCUGCUAAUAUUAGUUCAUGCUUUACAGUCAUACAAAGAAAAUGUGUCUGGAGGAAAACCAAAUCCGGAUAUGAAAAGACACCAUCUUGUUUCUAGGUAUCAGCUGAUGGUCUCCUCAGUCCUUAUGACAUCCCUUCCUCGCUGUUUUCCUGAGAUACUCCGCAUAUAUUUCAAGGGAAGGUUGGAAGAAUUGAGUAUAAUGAUGUCUGGCGAAUAUGAAGAUGAUAUUGAAACUGAAGUUAAGGAUGAAAUGGAUUUGGAUGAAAGAAGCAAAUCCUCAUCUAGAGCUGGUGAAAUGGAUAUUGAUGAAAUUUGUCACAGGACAAAAUUUUCAGAGAAUAAACUGGUGAGAAACAUUGGUAAGGUUGUUCGUGAUUUGAGAAGUCUUGGAUUUACUUCAAUGACUGAAGAUGCCUAUGCUUCUGCUAUAUUUCUGCUAUUGAAGACUAAAGUUCAUAGUCUGGCUGGUGAUGAUUACAGGAGCUCUGUUCUGGAGUCCAUCAAAGGGUGGAUUCGGUCUGUCCCACUCCAGUUCUUAUAUGCACUUCUUGCUUAUCUUGGUGACUCAGUUAGUUAUGAUAGCCCUUCAUCUGGUAUGAAAUCACCUUUGGCUUCACACCCCUCAUCAUCCUACUAUGGGAUUAAUACUCCCUCUGAAGGACUUGUCAGAUGGCAGUUACGCCUUGAGUAUUUUGCCUAUGAAACUUUGCAAGAUUUAAGAAUAGCCAAGCUUUUUGAGAUAAUUGUUGAUUAUCCUGAAAGCUCUCCUGCAAUUGAAGACUUGAAGCAGUGUCUCGAAUAUACUGGACAACAUUCAAAGCUCGUUGAUUCAUUUAUUUCUUCAUUGCAAUAUCGCUUACUUACUGCUGGUGCCUCAACAAAUGACAUAUUACACCAAUAUGUUUCAACCAUCAAAUCACCUACAAUAGAUCCUACUGGUGUUUUCCUUGAAGCAGUUGGUGAACCAAUAAGAGAAUAUUUAAGGGGAAGAAAAGAUACCAUUAAAUGCAUUGUUACCAUGCUUACUGAUGGGACYGGAGGAAAUCCAAAUGGACCUGGAAGUACUGGAGAUAGCCUUCUUGAAGAGUUAAAUAGAGAUGAAGAAAAUCAGGAGAAUGCUGGUUGUGAAGAUGAUUUCAACCCUGAUGACAAGCAAGCCUGGAUCAAUGCUGAGCGCUGGGAGCCUGAUCCAGUAGAGGCUGACCCACUAAAGGGUAGCAGAAACAGAAGGAAGAUUGAUAUACUUGGAAUGAUAGUUGGCAUCAUAGGUUCAAAGGACCAACUAGUUAGUGAAUAUCGUGUUAUGCUUGCUGAAAAACUUCUGAAUAAAUCUGAUUAUGAUAUUGAUUCAGAGAUCCGUACUCUAGAACUUCUUAAGAUACACUUUGGUGAGAGCAGCAUGCAGAAGUGUGAAAUUAUGCUGAAUGAUUUGAUUGACUCUAAGAGGACUAACACCAAUAUAAAAGCAACCAUAAAACAGCCAUUACAAAGAAGUGCUGAGCAAGGAGAGGCUGUGUCUCUGGAUCUUCUUGAUGCUACAAUCAUAUCAUCAAACUUUUGGCCCCCAAUCCAGGAAGAAACACUUAACAUACCUGAGACUGUGGAUCAAUUGCUUUCUGAUUAUGCGAAAAGGUUUAAUGAAAUCAAGACUCCUCGGAAGCUACUGUGGAAGAAAAAUCUUGGUACAGUUAAGUUGGAGUUGCAAUUUGAAGAUCGAGCAGUGCAGUUCACAGUGGCUCCAGUGCAUGCUGCAAUCAUCAUGCAAUUUCAAGAUCAAACAUGCUGGACAUCUAAGAACCUUGCAGACACUAUUGGGGUACCUGUGGAUAUACUAAAUCGAAGGAUAAACUUCUGGAUAAGCAAAGGAAUCAUUGCAGAAUCAGGUGCAGGGUCAGAUGACCAUACAUUUACCCUUGUAGAUGGCAUGAUUGAUGCUAACAAGAAUGGCAUUAACAGUGGGACCUGUGAGGAGCUUCUAGCAGGUGAUGAGGAGGGAGACAGAUCUGUGGCCUCUGUUGAGGAGCAAAUACUGAAAGAGAUGACUGUAUAUGAGAAAUUUAUCAUGGGGAUGCUUACCAAUUUUGGCAGCAUGGCAUUGGAUCGAAUUCAUAAUACUCUCAAGAUGUUCUGUGUAGCUGAUCCUCCCUAUGACAAGUCACUGCAGCAGCUGCAAAGCUUCUUGUCUGGUCUUGUGUCAGAGGAGAAGCUUGAAUUGAGAGAUGGUAUGUACUUUCUGAAGAAGUAGCACAAGAUCGAGGGACUGCAUUAAUGUAAUUCAAAGAUUUAAGUAAAUGAUCUGG